UUUGUAAUCCUGCGUUUGCCGUUUUUACACACCCCGUAGGUUUUCAACUGAAAUGUUGAUACUCCGCCCGCGUAGGCUUGUGUGUGAUCCAAAAAUAUCUAACUAAACAUUUCCCGCGCUAAAUAGCUUUGUCUGGAGUUCAGAAACGCCAUAACAGCAAACCCUGUAAAAUGGCAGGUAUACUGGAUGUCCCGAAACCCAGAAUAACCUGCGAUAUGCUGUCGCUGCACAUAGGCAGACCGGUGUGCUUUGUUGGACGUGUUGAAAAAGUUCACCCGACCGGGAAAACGUUCACUGCCUCGGAUGGAGACGGGAAGAUUGCGACGGUGGAACUUAACGAACCUCUUGAUGAAGAGCUGAGCGGUGUUGUGGAGGUCGUUGGCAUGGUGUCCAACAAAGGAGUAAUAAUGGCCGGCACGUACAACAUGCUACGAGAGGACAAGGGCAUUCCUUUUGAUUUAGAGCUGUAUGCUGAAGCCCUGAGAGUCCUCCAUGACUUCCCCCAGCACUACCCUUUUGAAGUGGCUGCCAGUGGAUGAGGCUCACCAUGGGACCAUGGGAACGUGUGCUCACUAAAGGUUCUCUGCCCGUUGUUUUUCAUGUGGCCUUUUUUUUUUUUUUGUAAAGUAAAAAUUAGAUUUGUACAAAAGAAAAUCUGUAUUAUUAAGUCAUUUCUGUUAGUAAAAUAAAACGUGUUAAGACCAAAU